GAACUGCAUGUGAAGUUUAGAACAGCCUCUGUACAUGCGCAAAUGAUGUCCCUAAUUCUCACAGACUAGCCUUUUUGCUUUGACGAUGGCAUUAAACUGCAGCACAUUUAGACGCCUUAUCUUAGGAGCACAGACCGCGGCUGAGGCCUGCACAAAGCGGGCAGUUCAACAGACAUGUGGGAGAUACAGAGGAUGUCGAUGGUACUCUGGUGUCACUCAUGAAGAGAAAACUCUAGAGCAGGUCGGAGAGCUUAUGGUUCCAGGUAGUCAGAGGCGAGUCCUGAAGGAUGUCCUGCCUUUCUCAGCAUUUCUUAUAGACUCCUUUGGACGCAGGCAUAAUUACCUUCGCAUAUCUCUCACUGAAAAAUGUAACCUCCGCUGUCAAUACUGUAUGCCUCAGGAAGGGGUAAUGCUUACCCCUCGCUCUCAGCUCCUAACAGCAGAAGAGCUGUUGAUAAUAGCCAGACUCUUUGUACAAGAGGGGGUAAACAAAAUACGACUGACUGGAGGAGAACCUCUCAUUCGCCCAGACAUUCUGCCUAUAAUAGCGGAACUUAGGAAGUUGGAGGGUCUGAAGACCAUUGCAGUGACCACAAAUGGGAUGAAUUUGACCCGACUGUUGCCCAGUCUAAAGAAAGCUGGAGUGGAUCUACUCAACAUCAGUCUAGACACUCUGGUCCCUGCAAAAUUUGAGUUCAUCGCUAGACGAAAAGGGUUUCAUAAAGUGAUGGAGGGCAUUGAAAAGGCUAUCGAAAUGGGCUACAAUCCAGUCAAGGUGAACUGUGUGGUCUUGAGAGGUUUGAAUGAAGAUGAGUUGAUUGACUUUGUGUCACUGACAGAGAGGAAACCAUUGGAUGUGAGAUUCAUAGAGUACAUGCCUUUUGACGGUAACAGAUGGAAUUUCAAGAUGAUGGUGAGCUAUCAGGAGAUGCUGGACUCUAUAAAGCAAAAAUGGCCCAAUCUGGAGCCUGUGCCUGGAGAGGAAACUGAUACAGCCAAGGCGUUUAGAGUACCAGGAUUUCGGGGCCAGCUGGGCUUCAUUACCUCCAUGUCAGACAACUUCUGUGGCUCCUGUAACCGCCUGCGCAUCACGGCUGAUGGCAACCUUAAGGUUUGUUUGUUUGGAAAUUCAGAGGUGUCUUUGAGGGAUUUUCUGCGCUCUGGAGCAACUGAAGAGGAACUACUGCACAUCAUAGGGGCAGCAGUCGGGAGGAAGAAGAAACAGCAUGCGGGGAUGUUCAAUAUAUCUCAGAUGAAGAACAGGCCAAUGAUCCUCAUUGGUAGAGAGCUCAAAUGGCUGCUGUCAGUACAUCUAUUUAGAGGCAGUCAGAGGCAGCCUCUUCCUCUGAUCCACUACAUGGUUCCAGCAUCCUCUGCAACAACUCACUCAUUAACAAAUUGCAUUCAACCCUUUUGUGGCAAUGCCCAUCAGGACUACACAAGCACUUUUGUCUAUGAUGCACUAGGAUUGACUCCUCUUUGUAAAAAGCAUAAUCGACCAAGGUUUCAUUCUAUGAAAAGAUUGAACAAUCAAAGGCAAAUUUGUGCAGCCUCAGACUUAAUUUGCAGUGAAGUGAUGACUGAAACUUAUCAAGUGAAUGCUGGUGCCUUAAAAAACCCCACAGCUUCAACUCUUCAUAUGCACAUUUUACGCAGGGGGUCUCAGCCACCACAGUUACAGUCCAAAACAUUUCCUCCCAUCCUCUUUCAGAGUGCACUACUGUCAACGUCCAAAUUUAGAGAUUCAGCUCUGCAGUUUUCACGUCACUACCAUAAAAAAAACCCUGAAUAUGGAUUUGAUUUGAAAACACCACAUACAGAUGCACAGUCCUCCAGCCUUGAUGGGACCUCUGAUAAGUUGACCCACACUGAUGCACAGGGUAAAGCCUCCAUGGUCAAUGUGGGCGGUAAGGCGGUGACUUGUCGUACAGCCAUGGCUUGUGGCAGGGUCGUCCUGGGCCCAAAAGCUUUUAAUUUGUUGCGAGCCAACCAGCUUGCCAAGGGCGAUGCACUAGCGGUAACACAGCUAGCGGGCAUCAUGGGUGCCAAGCAGACUUCAUCUCUCAUUCCCCUCUGCCACCCGCUUCCUCUUGACCACGCCUCUCUUACCAUAGAGUUGCUGGAGGAAGAACAUACUGUCAUCAUCAAGGCAACCUGCCAAACCACGGGCCGCACAGGAGUGGAGAUGGAGGCCCUGACUGCCGUUGCGGUGGCUACGCUAACCCUCUAUGACAUGUGCAAAUCAGUCAGCCAUAACAUUGUUAUUACUGACAUCAAGUUGCUCAGCAAGACGGGUGGGCAGAGAGGGGAAUUUAAUUGGUCACCUGAUUCCUAAAGAAUGCAUAAACCGCUGGCUUAAUUUCACCUGUUUGAAUGUAGCUACAGUAUUUAUUUUUCUGUUUAGAAUGACAACAGUUUUCUGUAACAAAAUGUGCCUUCACAUGCCUCUAAUUAAUCUACUUAUUUUCAUUUUUACUAUUCCUUUGUCCAUGCCCUUUGUCCAUGAAAAAUACUUUAUUUCAGUUUAUAUUUAUUUUGAUAAUGAUAAUGCAGCUAAUUAUACUGCAUUGAGAAAGGUUGUCACAGUUUUCACCAGUUGAGCAAACUUAUAUUAUCACUGAAAAGUGGUUAAGCAAAACCAAGCAGCAAAUGUUUGACCUCUGUGUGAACCAUCCCUUUAAACUAAAACACAACCAAAAUGCAGCUUUAUAGAGUGCUCCAGGGUUUACACAUUUUGCAGGUCAAUAAACCAGGAACAAGCA